UGCACACAAGAAAGUGUGUUAAGUUCAGCUUAAGGGGAAAGCGGGGGAAGAAGCAAUAUAGGAAGCUAGCUAGCUAUUGCUACAGAGAUAUACUCACCAUGAUCAGCUCAAGCACUGUGAUACCAAUCCCAAGUGGAGCUGGGAUUCCUGCUGAAGAGAGGAAAGAGUUUCGCCAAUGCUCUCUUCUUUCUAGUUUUGUUUCUUUCCUCAAGGAGAAAGGAAGCAAGAUUGACACGAGAAGACUGGCUCACAGCAUCAAGGUUGGAAUCGCCUUGGUUUUGGUUUCGCUUCUCUACUUACUUGAUCCACUUUACGAGCAAGUUGGGGAUAAUGCUAUGUGGGCUAUCAUGACUGUUGUCGUCAUCUUCGAGUUCUUCCCAGGUGCGACACUUAAAAAGGGCUUAAAUCGCGGGAUUGGAACUAUAUUAGGGGGUGGAUUUGGAUGUUUGGCUGCAAUUUCUGCUCAGCAAUUUGGGGGGAUAGGCAACACCAUUGUUUUGGGCACUUCUGUAUUUGUCUUUGGGGCAGCCGCAACAUACGCAAGAUUGAUUCCCAGCAUUAAGAGGAAGUACGACUAUGGAGCCAUGAUCUUCAUCCUCACCUUCAAUCUGGUUGCUGUCUCGGGUUUGCGAGCAGAGAAGGUGAUGGAGUUAGCCCGUGACCGCCUCUCUACAAUUGGUAUGGGGUUUGCUGUCUGCAUCUUCACCAGCUUAUUUGUCUUCCCUGUGUGGGCUAGUGAUGAACUUCAUCACUCCAUAGCCUCAAAAUUCGAAAAACUAGCUUCCUCUAUUGAAGGAUGCUUGGAUGAAUACUUCAGAUUAGCAGACGAAAAGGAAAACCGGCCUCAAGCUGGUUUCAGCAGUUGCAAAGCAGUAUUAAAUUCAAAGUCACAAGAUGAGUCACUGGCAACUUUUGCAAGAUGGGAACCGUGGCAUGGUAAAUUUGGUCUCUCCCAUCCCUGGGACAAAUAUCUGCAGAUUGGAGAUGCUCUUAGAGAGCUGGCAGCAACCACCCUUUCACUAAGGAGCAGUCUUCAAUCUACAAGACAGCCCGCUCCAUUUCAGAGGCUCUUGAUCAGAGAACCAUGCGAAAUGGUUGGAACAUCACUAGCAUGGACGCUAAGAGAGCUCGGGGAGAGCAUCAAGAAAAUGAGAAGAUGCCGGCCAGGAGCCUUGGCGGUAGCAAAGCUGCAGUCUGUGAGACUAGAGCUGAGCCUGGCAGUAUCUGCUUCCAAGCUUGGAGAACUAGAGAAUGGAGAUGAACUUGCAGUUGCUAACCUAGUGUUCCUGCUAGGCGAAAUUGCAGAAAAAGUGGAAGCACUAGCAAAAGAAGUUGAGGACCUUGGAGAGCUUGCCAGUUUUCAUGCCAAAUAGCCCAGCUAUUUUCAAAUAUGAGCAUAUGUAUAAAUACACAUAAAUACAUAAAUAUACAUAUAUAUAUAUAUAUAUAUACACGUAUAUGUGUAUAUAUGUAUGUGUUUAUCUAUAUGCAUAUGCAUAUGUAUACCCACAAAUGCCAAUUUUCAGCUUGGCGUGAUCUAUAGACAUAUGUUUAUAUUA